AUGCCCAACGCUGGGCUCAAAACCAAGACCAAGCGGGUCUCCGCGCGGUCUCCAUUUGAGAACACCACGGCUCAAAGUAAUUCCGUGGACGAGGACAUUGAGAUGGAUGAUGAGACGAGCUCGGAUGAGGAGAGCGUUCCCGAGAAGGGCGAGGACGAGCUGAAGCUUGAGCGUAUGCUCUUUGGAGAUGAUGAGGGUUUCAUGAGCGCAUUGAAGGCUCAGCAGGAGCGGGAGGGUGCUAUGCAGCUCACUUUGCACAGUGAUGCGGAGAGCGCAAGCGCUGGUGAAGAGGCCGAUGAUGAUGAUGGAGAUUUGACUAAUAUGGCCGACGCAGAUCUCUUCUUCCUUGACUCUGGUGAUGUACAAACCACCACCGAUCUCAUCGAAUCCCCCGAGACACCCUCCGAUGAAGAAGACGAAGAAGAAUCUGCCCCCGCGGUAUGGCACGAUAGCGACGACGAGCGCAUCGCCGUUUCUCUCGUUAGCCAAUCUAAGCUACGCAAACUGCGCAACACAGAGUCCGAAGAUAUCAUCAGUGGCACAGAGUAUAUCCGCCGCCUGCGCAGACAAUUCCAGCGCAUGAAUCCGACUCCCGAAUGGGCGGAUCCCGAGCUAUCAUCUAAGCGCCGCAAGACCGACUCCGAUGAGUCGGACGAGGAUAGAGACGAGGACAUGGAGUCUGAUGAGGAUGAGGAAUUGGCUGCACAGCCUCUGGCUAAGCUGCUCCAGAACACUACUGAACUCACUCGCAUCGAGGACAACACCAAGCUCGGUAGCAAGCGUAAGCUGCGCCAGGAAGUGGUUGACAUCCAGCGACUGAAGGACGUUGGCAAGGCACAACCGUCCUCCAUCGACUCCCUCAUGUUCCACCCUCACUACCCACUCCUCCUCUCUUCCGGCCCAGCCUCCACCCUCUUCCUGCACCACAUCUCCCCCUCUGCACCCUCAGCAAACCCCCUCCUCACCUCCCUGCACAUCAAGCACACACCCCUGCACACCUCAGCCUUCGCACCCCCCAGCGGAAACCGAAUCUUCGCAUCCGGCCGCCGCCGUUACUUCCACAUCUGGGACCUGGACACGGGCAAAGUGGACAAAGUUAACGGCUCCGCGGACCGCAAGGAAGAGCAAAAAUCCAUGGAGCGCUUCAAGGUGUCUCCCUGCGGGCGGUACGUCGGUCUGGUCGGUACAUCGCGCAAGGGCGGUGGUAUGAUCAACGUGCUGGAUUCCGGCACGGCGCAGUGGAUCGCGCAGGUGCGAGUUGAUGGUCGCGGGGGUGUGGCUGAUUUCGCCUGGUGGUCGAAUGGUGAGGGUAUGACGGUUGCUAGUAAGAACGGCGAGGUGUCUGAGUGGGAUGGAAGACAGCGUCGUAUUAUCGCGCGCUGGUUGGAUGCCGGUGCCGUGGGCAAUACUGUUAUUGCCCUGGGUGGUUGCAGUGGUCGGGAUCACCUUGGUGGGGAUCGCUGGGUGGCUAUUGGUAGCACCAGUGGUAUUGUGAAUAUCUAUGAUCGCCGCGACUGGGCUGCUGCUGCUGCUGCAGGUGUCAAGGGCAAUGCAUCUGCGCAGGACGACUCGACGCAGGCGGGUGUGCCUCGGAGCCCGAUGCCCGUUCGUGUGUUUGACCAACUUACCACGCCGGUCAGCCACUUGGUAUUCGCACCGGAUGGACAGAUGAUGGUGAUGGCUAGUCGGUGGAAGCGUGACGCGCUGAGACUUGUGCACCUCCCCUCCUGCACGGUCUACCGCAACUGGCCAACCUCCAACACCCCACUGGGUCGUAUCUCGUCCGUGGCCAUCUCGCCAAACAACGAGCAGCUGGCCGUGGCCAAUGAGCAGGGUCGGAUCCGCCUGUUCGAGAUUCGAGGGUAG